CGUGACGAGGGAGGGCGGGUUACCAGGAGCGCUUCGCUUUGCCCCCAAGGCAAUUUCUUGAGCUUCUUUUGGGGUCCCCUUCCCGGGGAGCUGCUCUGGCGGCCACCUGGCCGACAGCAGGCGACUCUCCCACCCCAGCACCCCCACCGGCGCCGCCUCCGCCUCGGUCGCGGGCGAUCACGCGUGGAGGGGUCGCGGUGAAGGAGAAGGGCUGGGCCGGGGCGGGCCGAGGCGAGCGGGGGCGGGGACUCGCGCUGGCCUGGGGUGGCUCUUAGGGCCCGGCUCGCGCUGGCGGUGUGGACAGUCGUGGUCGCUGCAGCAGCCGCCGCCGUCUUCGCCUCCUCGGUCUCCCCUGCUUCUGCUGGCCGUCACCAUGAACCAGGACCUGCGGAAGGAGCGGGCCGCCGCCAGCUUCAACCCGGAGCUGCUCACGCACGUCCUGGACGGCAGCCCCGAGAACACCCGGCGCCGCCGAGAGAUUGAGAACCUGAUUCUGAAAGACCCAGACUUCCAGCAUGAAGACUUGAACUUCCUCACUCGUAGCCAGCGUUACGAAGUGGCUGUUAGGAAGAGCGCCACCACGGUGGAGAAGAUGAGGAAGUUUGGCAUCGCAGACCCUGAUGAAAUCAUGUGGUUUAAAAAACUGCAUUUGGUCAAUUUUGUGGAACCCGUGGGCCUCAAUUACUCCAUGUUUAUUCCCACCUUGCUGAAUCAGGGCACCACUGCUCAGCAAGAGAAAUGGCUGCUCUCCUCCCAACGACUCGAGAUAAUUGGCACCUACGCCCAGACGGAACUGGGCCACGGAACUCACCUUCGAGGCUUGGAAACCACAGCCACUUACGACCCUGAAACCCAGGAGUUUAUUCUCAAUAGUCCUACUGUGACCUCCAUCAAGUGGUGGCCUGGUGGGCUUGGAAAGACGUCAAACUAUGCAAUUGUACUUGCCCAGCUCAUCACUCAGGGGAAAUGCUACGGGUUACAUGCCUUCAUUGUUCCUAUUCGGGAACUUGGGACCCAUAAGCCUCUGCCAGGGAUUACCGUUGGAGACAUCGGCCCCAAAUUUGGCUAUGAUGAGAUGGAUAACGGCUACCUGAAGAUGGACAAUUACCGUAUUCCCAGAGAAAACAUGCUGAUGAAGUACGCCCAGGUGAAGCCUGAUGGCACGUACGUGAAACCCGUGAGUAACAAGCUGACCUACGGGACCAUGGUGUUCAUCAGGUCCUUCCUUGUGGGAGAAGCCGCUCGGUGUCUGUCUAAGGCCUGCACCAUUGCCAUCCGAUACAGUGCCGUGAGGCACCAGUCUGAAAUCAAGCCAGGUGAACCAGAACCACAGAUUUUGGAUUAUCAAACCCAGCAGUACAAACUUUUUCCCCUCCUGGCCACCGCCUAUGCCUUCCAGUUUGUGGGCGCAUACAUGAAGGAGACCUAUCACCGGAUUAACAAGGACAUUGGCGAGGGGGACCUGAGUGAGCUGCCAGAGCUUCAUGCCCUCACCGCCGGGCUGAAGGCCUUCACGUCCUGGACGGCGAACGCUGCUAUCGAAGCCUGUCGGAUGGCCUGUGGCGGGCAUGGCUAUUCUCACUGCAGUGGACUUCCAAAUAUUUAUGUCAAUUUUACCCCAACCUGCACCUUUGAGGGAGAAAACACUGUCAUGAUGCUCCAGACAGCCAGGUUCCUGAUGAAAAGUUAUGACCAGGUGCACUCAGGAAAGUUGGUGUGUGGCAUGGUGUCCUACUUGAAUGACCUGCCCAGUCAGCGCAUCCAGCCACAGCAGGUGGCAGUCUGGCCGACCGUGGUGGACAUCAACAGCCCUGACAGCCUAACUGAAGCGUACAGACUCCGUGCAGCCAGAUUAGUAGAAAUUGCUGCGAAAAACCUUCAAGCUGAAGUCAUUCACAGAAAAAGCAAGGAGGUAGCAUGGAACCUAACGUCCAUUGACCUGGUUCGGGCAAGUGAGGCACAUUGCCACUAUGUGGUAGUUAAGCUCUUUUCAGAAAAAAUCCCCCAAAUUCAAGAUAGAUCCGUGCAAGCUGUCUUAAGGAAUUUGUGUCUCUUGUAUUCCCUGUAUGGAAUCUGUCAGAAGGCAGGGGAUUUUCUUCAGUGGGGCAUCAUGACAGAGUCUCAAGUCACCCAAGUGAACGAGCGCAUAAAGGAGCUGCUGACCGCCAUCCGCCCUGAUGCCGUUGCUCUGGUUGACGCGUUUGAUUUCCAGGAUGUGACACUGGGCUCUGUGCUUGGCCGCUAUGAUGGCAACGUAUAUGAAAACAUGUUCGAGUGGGCCAAGAAGUCCCCACUGAACAAAACAGAGGUCCAUGAAUCUUACCACAAGCACCUGAAGUCACUGCAGUCCAAGCUCUGAAGCAUCUUGACAACUUCGACCUGCUUCUGAAAGCUGCUGUAUCGAUUCCCCUGACACCUGUCACACCAAUCUGCGUGGAAUCUUUAUCAAAUUCAGAAAGCUAUAGAGCAAAUGAUAAAUUGACCCCUUUCCUCUUUUUUAUAAAAAUGAAAAGAAAAAAACAACAGAUUUCAGAGAUUAAAGGAAAGAAACAGAUGUGUUUUACAAGUGCAAUUAACACUGAAAGAGAACCUGUGAUGCAUUCAGAAAAAGCUUUAAGAAACACAGGAUGACUUCCAUUUGUAAUGCUGCUGAUCCCAGGAGGCCAUGACUUUUGAUAAUUAGUAGAAUUCAACUACUAAGUAGUUAAUUAUUUUCUCUUCUUAAUUGCUGAUCACUGGAUCUACAAGUGUUUUUAAGCAAAGGUAUUUUUUAAGCAGGGUAGAACCCUUCCAAGCUUUCCUGCUAACUGUCCUCCCCCUCGGAGCCCUGGCUAAAAAGCAGGACCGAAGAAGAGGGAUUGGGGAAGGAAACUAAUCAGGAACCAAUGUGCGUGAGUUUGUACUUGACACAUUGGCACGUUUCCUGCCUGCUUGCCCCCCUUUGCUGACAUCUUGUUCCUGCCUAACUGUAGGAACAACAGGAGGAUUUCUUCAGCACAGGCUGCUGCAGGGUCCCUGUCCCAUGUAAUUAGGAACUGAUCUCCCCUUGGAGAGAUCCCUAAGCUGUUGCUUUUAGUAGCACUACAACUCCCUUUGUCCCCAACUUCUUGGGAAAGGGAUAGGUAGCAAAGUUAUCGCCACAUGUAACUUUUGGCAACUGAUGGGACCUCAGUCAGUGUUUGAUCUGGCUCCCUCUCUCUCUCCUGAGAGAGAUGCUAAAGGAAGGAGAAAAAAAGUGCCACGGUUCUUUCUUAGUGAAAUACUUCAGGGAGAGCUGUCAGUUACGAUUACUGUAACUUUUGUGACCAUAUUAACUAAAUUUUCUGAAACUAUCCAGUUUUCCUAUGUUCUGUUCAUUUUAGCAUAAGCCAUCAAAAUGCUUGGAAGUUACAGUACCUGGCAUCACAAAAAUAAAAGAAUCACUUACCGCCUCUUACACCCAGAAAAAAACCUUUGACAAACCAUGUGUUCUGAUUUUGGGAUCAGAAAAUCUAAUCACUGAAACUCUGGCUAAAGGAUGAAUGGAAGUUCCAUAGAAUCUAUUUCUUAUUGUAUAUCUGGCUUUAUUUUCAGCAUGUUUCUAGGAGCUUUAUCUGACUUGCUAAAUUGUCCUUUCGGCUGAAAUCUAAUUUACACAGUCAUUCUCUAUUUAAAGCCUAAACAUGUAGCUCUUAAUGAAUUUUUCUUAAAAUCAACUAAAACAAGUCACUCGAUUUUUUUUUAACUUGUUAACUGCUUAUGUAUAUCUGUGACAUCUUCAUGAAACCGGUUGUUCUAGAAUCAGUCUUGAGAAUGUAGUAUAGUUCAGUGGAAAUAAAAUUCCUAUCUUGGGACCUGACAUAAAAUUUAUCCCAGUGGAAUAGGAGUCUUCAAGGUCCAGCAGAAGAAAUACUGUCUGUUGACACAAGCCUUGAUCUUUCCACCAAGAGAACUAAUUGAUAAUUGUGUUAAGAUUAAAGUAAAAAGCGCUCUUAAUCUCUUUUGACAAUAGUUCAGAUUCUGGGAAAUAAUGAAGAGUAAAUUUAAAAUUGCUUAGUAUUGACCUGUUCAAAGUCCUAUUCACAGAUGAAUGCCUGUGGCCAGGAUCUGAGGGUGUUUGAAAUGGCACCCACCUAAUCAAGCUGCAGAGGUCUGAGAUCUAAGCAGGUUUGAAUAGGGUGAGGACUCUAGAGCCAGCUUUAUUCCGUCUAGCACCUUGAUUUUUAUUUAAAUACUCAAUCUGAUAUUUGACAGUGUUUUUAUUAACAUUGGAAUGUUUUGUCUUGAACUUUAUUCAUUGUAAUCAAAGAAUAAAGAUAUCAUGAAAUCUCACUAAUUUGUACUAUUGAGAGGGAAAGACUGCCACAUAAUUAAACAUAAGUUUAUGAAGAAUUAUAAGAUACAGGUUUAGGUAACACUAAAAACAAAAAAAGGGAAGAGAGACCUACCUAGGCAGACAGCUCUGAGCCGGCCGUAAUUGCCAUUAACUGUAGAGUGUGAGUACUCUGCCCACGCAGGAGUACAGAUGUUGGCUGUUCGUAAGGAAUUAGCAGACCCAGUUUGCUGUCUCUAAAAAGCCAGACUGCCACAGGUAAGUGUGGUUCUCUUGGAUUCUUUAGUGAGCCAUUUUCACAAAGAGUACAAAAAGAUAAAUUUCAACCUAGUCUUUAAUGAUGAUGAAUAGAACUAAUGAUACUGAUGUAAGCCUUUGAGGUUUAAUAGAGAUGUUGCUGUUUGUAACGGAUGAAGGUUGAUUCUUCCUCACGUGUUUGAAGCUCAACAUCAUGCUCUACUUGAUAGAGACAGGUAUAUUUCAGUGUUUGGACAUUAGUCACCUCAGAGCACAGUGGGGCCCUUCAUAUUCUUGUUUUCAGAACAUAGCUCUGCUAAGUAGCAGCUUAUCUUCAGAACAUUCACUUAAUUGCAACAUUAACGAUGUUCACGUACUUUCUGAGGACUCACUGCUUGUAAUUUCAGAUUCCAUAUACCUGGAGGUGUUUAAUAGUUCCUAGAGUUAACAUAUUCAGUCUUGAUUCUUGAAUUUUCUUCAGUGUAGGGCUUUGGCUGGGGAAUUAGAUUCAUGAUCCUCGAGUUCCGGGAACAAAAAUUCUUUAGACAACCGUUGGUCAAAUUUCCUCCUACGCUUUUCUGAAUUCUUUCCAUCCAUCUUACUAGAAAGGAAGAAAAUCAGACGCAGACAGUCUGUGACACCCACUAGGUAUGUGGAGGGGAUUAUAGAUUGUCUUCAAACGGCAGUUGCUACUGCAGCUGGAGAGGGGAACAGUGCCAGAAAAUUGAUUAUUUUACUUGAGACCAAGAGUCUUUUGUUGAGUCUUCUGACAAUCAGAUAAAGGUUUUGAUCAUUUUCAUGAAAUAAUGCAGAGAUCAUUUCAGCUAAUUGAAUAUUUACUACUAUAAUCCUGGAGGAUUAGACUUAAGUCACCCUGUAAGUGACUAAAAUGUCUUUUAAUAUUAAAAUAUUGGUGGAGUUUUGCUUUCAGAUGUCCAAACUAAACUUUCAGUACAUAUUCCUGUGGUCCAUGGGAGUAAACAAACAUUUAAGAAAUCUUUAGAGUUACCAGAUGUUAGCUGUUGCAGACUUGCAAAUUCCUGGAUCCCAAGAGGCUUUUGAUUUGAUUUUUCCUUAAAUUCAAGUGAGUCACUGAUUAUCUCAGGAAGAUCAUGGAAAAUUGGGCAUGAUUUUAAGAAUUCUGACUCAAAAUACAUUGUUUUGCCACACUACUGUCAACUGUUUUCACAGGUAACAAAUAGUGAUCUUCAGACUGUUGACUACUACUUGGUAAGCAAUUUCCAAUUGCUGUGGAUUCAAGGAAAUGAUCUGUAUUCUCUGGAGUGUAUAAUUCCCUUUUUUUCUAUGACUGUUGUGGCUUGAGUUGGUUCCUACCUGACAAGACAUUUAGUGUGUAUUGUUACCCAUCCCUGAUUGGAUGUGUCAUUGAGGAUGGGAGUACCAGGAAGUGCGCGGGGUCGAAAGUCUGAAUCAUGGUUGAAUCAUCCGGCGGUGCCCCGCCAGCCCUGCUUGGCCUGCGGGUAAGCCAAACCACUAACCCCCCUUUUCCUUUGUAAAAUUGACAAACCCUUAAUAAAAUCUUAACACAAAAA